AUGGAGGAGAAGAAAGAAGAAGGAGACUCGGCGAUACAGGAACACGGACCUGAACACUGGUUCUCAAAAUGGGAGCGGCAGUGUUUGUCCGAAGCCGAGCAGAGAGAGCCCAGCCCGGAGGAGGCCGAAGAGGAGCAGGAUAAACUGUGGCAUCUGUUCCAAAACUCAGCCACCGCCGUAGCACAGCUUUAUAAAGAUAGAGUAUGUCAUCAACAAGGCUUGUCACUGUGGGUGCCAUUUCAAAACGCUGCAACAGCAGUUACAAACAUCUAUAAAGAGAGUAUAGAGGCUCAUCAAAGGAGUUUUGACAGGGGAAUUCAAAUAGGAAAUCAGCGCCGGAAUAAGGACAUGUUAGCUUGGGUGAAAAAGCGUAGAAGAACCAUCCGCAGGGAGGAUCUUAUUAGUUUUCUGUGCGGCAAAGCACCACCCCUUAGGGGUGGCAGGACCAACUCUCGUCUAACUAUGGUAGCUCCAAGCCGUGCCAAUUCACCGACAGAGACUGGCUCCUCUGUUGAAGCAGACCUUCAGCCUUUCAGGGAAGCCAUUGCCCUACAUGGUCUAAGUGGUGCGAUGGCAAGCAUUAGUGUGCGCUCUGGUGCUCCAGGGUCUCCGACACACAUCAGUGGUGGCAGCAGCAGUAAUGGGGCAGCAGGUGGAGGGGGGUCAUCUGGCUCAAUGUGUCGAUCGAGGCGUAAUGGCCUCCAGGAUGUGGACCUGAAUACUUUCAUCUCUGAGGAGAUGGCACUUCAUCUAGACUCUCCCUCUGCUGGAGGAACCAGGAAACGAAAUUCCAACCAAUGUAGUGAUGUUAUCACAGAUUCGCCAACACAUAAACGUAACAGAAUGAUCUGA